AUGAUGGUAAGCAAUAAGAAGGAAAAGAACAAGAAAAGUGACCAAAUUCACGAGUUGAAGACGAGGAUUGACGAAAGACUGCAUUCGUUGGCGAUGAGCAAGUUCUUGUCGAAAGAGGUAGCAAUGCGGAUGGAUAUCGUGGUCCAAUAUUACGCCGAAUACGAGCGCAUCAAAGAGUUGGCAGCAGCCACUUAUCACACUGCAGCCGGUCCACAUGCGUUUCAUACGAGCUGUUUUGCGUCACCAAUUGGAUGCUUCAAGAAAAGUACGUUUACACCACGAGCAAAAUCCAGUAGAGCAUCUGAGAGUCCAGUUUUUGGUGGACAUACAAAAACGAUCUACGCUUUGACAUCAUCAUUAAGCACAUUGGCACAGAUGUUGGAGCUUGAUGUGCAGGCGCGCAUGCUGAAUGAAGAGCUGCGACAUCAGACCAUUAUGUAUGACGGUCUCGUCGAGCAGACUGAUACCACAAAAGCGCACGUGGAAAGCAUCAACAAGACGAUGAAAGACGCGCAGUUGAGAACCAGGCGCAGUCCAAAUAAUGCAUGA